AUGGUGCAACCAAGCAAAGAGCCCUGCAAAAAAGAAGCUUGCGAUAUCCAAGCUUGUCUCUCAAAGAACAAUUUUCUUCCUCAAAGGUGCCAGAGAGUGAUAGAGAUGUUACAAGCUUGUUGUGAGAAAUGCAAUAACGAGUCAACACAUUGUGGAUCUUUAGCUGCUCUCUUGAAGCAAAUCAAGAAGUAA